GGAGGACAGACCGCAGGGGGACACAGGCAGCAGGCAGCAGACAGGGAGGCAGACCGGCGGCUCAGAGUUAUUAAACAGCUAAAAAUGCUAAAGUUUGCAUUGUUGGCGGCGCUUGCCGUGUCUCUGUCGACGUUUUAUGUCGACGCUACUGUUUACUUUAAAGAGCAGUUCCUGGACGGAGAUGAGUGGAAGAGCCGGUGGGUGAACUCUGAGCACAAGUCUGACUAUGGACAGUUUAAACUUACGUCUGGAAACUUCUACGGGGAUGUGGAGAAAGAUAAAGGUCUGCAAACCAGCCAGGAUGCACGGUUUUAUGCAGCAUCCGCCCGCUUUGAGCCCUUCAGCAACGAGGGCAAAUCCUUGGUGGUCCAGUUCUCUGUUAAACACGAGCAGAAGAUCGACUGCGGAGGUGGCUACGUCAAAAUCUUCCCUUCUGACCUCGACCAGACCAACAUGCAUGGAGACUCGCAGUACUACAUCAUGUUCGGGCCUGAUAUCUGUGGCUACAGCACCAAGAAAGUUCACGUCAUCUUCAACUACAAGGGCAAGAACCACCUUAUCAAGAAGGAGAUCAAGUGUAAAGAUGAUGAGCUGACUCACCUGUACACACUAAUCCUGAAUCCAGAUCAGACCUAUGAGGUGAAGAUUGAUAAUGAGAAGGUGGAGUCUGGCUCUCUGGAGGAAGACUGGGACUUCUUGCCUGCAAAGAAGAUCAAAGACCCAGAGGCCAAGAAACCCGAGGACUGGGACGAUCGUGCCAAAAUCGACGAUGAGACUGAUACCAAACCUGAGGACUGGGACAAGCCUGAGAACAUUCCAGAUCCAGAUGCCAAGAAACCUGAAGACUGGGACGAGGACAUGGAUGGAGAAUGGGAGCCACCCAUGAUCCCUAACCCAGAGUACAAGGGAGAGUGGAAACCCAAGCAGAUUGAUAACCCCAACUACAAAGGAGCCUGGGUGCACCCUGAGAUCGACAACCCUGAAUACAGCCCAGACGCUGAGAUUUACAAGUUUGAAAAGAUUGGAGUCCUUGGGUUGGAUCUCUGGCAGGUCAAGGCUGGCACCAUUUUCGACAACUUCCUGAUCACAGAUGACGUACAGACAGCAGAUGAAUUUGCAAAAGAAACCUGGGGAGUUACUAAGGGCCCAGAAAAGAAAAUGAAGGAAGAGCAGGACGAGAAGAAGCGAAAGGAAGAAGAGGAAAAGAAUAAGGAACAGGAUACUGCACCAGGGGAAGAGGAGGGAGAUGAGGAGGAUGGCGACGACGACGAUGAUGAUGAUGAGGAAGAGGAGGAGACGGAAGAGCCUCCAGCUGAUGACGAGGACAGCGACGCUGCACCUAAAGAUGAACUUUAAACUGUGUAAAGUGGUACAGCAUUCUGCAGUAUCACAGCAACUGCAGGGCAUCCAUCGGUUUAUCAGUGAUGCUGUUAGGAAUGUGACUCUCUUCCAGUCGGUCACUUUAGUUUUUUUGUUGUUUUUUUUGUUGUUUUUUUUAAUGGGGACAGAAGGGAGACUAGUGGUGGGAUAUUUUUUAGGAUUUCUCAGUUAGCUGGCUAACUUAAGCCCAGAGUGAUUUAUCGUCCAAUAGAAAUUCUAGGAGUAAUUUUACUCCUUUUGUCUUUUUGACUUUUGGCUUGGGUUAUCCAGUAAACAGACACAAUCCUGUUUUGUGAAGUACAUUCGAAAAAAAAACAUCAGGUCUCAAACUUUAAAAAAAUUUAAAGAAUUGGGGCUGUUUUGGGAGGUGUGGAUGGGAAAUGGGAAUAGAGUUAAAUUACCUGGGAUGGAUGUUUAUUAUAUUUUGUCCAAUUACCUCAUCAAAAAGCUACCGGUUACAAACUAACAAAUCCCACCUACUUUGUCCAGAGGAUCAGGUUCACUAUAUGAUAAAAAAAAUCUAUAUUUUUCCAUGGUGUGAGAAGUCCUCACACAGAAGAAUUCUUGAAUUUACUCUAUUGUAAAUAAGUUGGUUACUGGUUACUGGUUAAAAGCCCACACAUGAUGCCCCUGGUUUCAAAAAAGCUGUUUUAGAAAGUAGGAGUAUGCCGACCAAUAUAAGAGAUUGAAUAUUUGCAGGAGAUUGUAUCGAUUAAAGGACUGUACUGUACUGUAGUCAGUAGAUAAUUCACAACUGAAAUGUUUCCCCCCCUUUGGCACUGAUUUAUUUUUUUCUUUGUUUGCUUUAAACAACAAGUUUUAUUUGUUCAGUCUAUUGCAAAAAGAGAUUCAGUUGUUCCAGCCCUAUUUAUUCAGCCAGACUGUCCUCUGUCUGUUCAGCUGGUGUACAUUUUUUUUUAUUAUUAAUUUGUCCACACAAUAAUGCCUUUUUCUGUUCAGAUGUUUUGUUACAACUAUGGCAACUGUUUUUUGUCUUUUUUUUUUUUUUUUUUUUAACCGCCUGAUAACUUGUGACAGACCCACAAACCCAGUCUCUAUACACUGUGAAAAUAAUGACCAACAGGGCCAGAAUUUAAUUCCUGAUUUGUGUUCAGUAAAUUUAAAUAGAUCAGGUUUAGUUUCCAAAAAGUGUCUCGACAUAAACUGCAUUAAAAUUAGGUAGAGCGGAUAGAGCAGAUUUUUCAGUUCUGCCUCUGAACACAGAGAUGCUGUUAAUGCUGCGGUACUUUUUGCAAGCUUGUCUCAGUCCUUACUUGUUUUGUCACUAUAAUUGAUGCCAAAGUUUUAAUAAAUAAAUUUAUUAAUGAA